CCGCAGCUGGUCUGUAUGAAAGAAUGACGUCGAUUUCAAGGCUUUUUAUGAAAACAAGCCCGUCGAAAUAACGCGUACGUGAGUCAAAUUGACUAUAAACAGACUGGUGAACAUGUGGAGGGGUUACAUUCGGCCUAAACAUGGUUCCGUGUUCGCAAAAGUACCUAUUGACGUGUUUACUGCGACUUUUACUUUGAAAAGCAUACCCGGAAGUCGGCCCGGUAGCUUAGCUGCUAACUUGCCUCAGCAGCGUUCUGGGCGUGCAGUGUGCGAGCAGGCGGGCGGCUAAAGGGGGGCACACGGGGUCCGAGUGACGGUAAAGGAGUCUGCCUGAACCGGGAACCAAACCGGCACAAGCCUCGGUCGUCGCCCUGCUGGGGGUCCGCACCGGUCGCUUCUUCGCUCGGCGCCCAAAAUCACGGCGGCUGAUUGGAUCGUGCCGAGCUGCUGCAGGAGCUGGCCUGAGUCACGCACACACCAAAGAUGGAGCAGCUGUCGGACGAGGAAGUGGAGCUCCGAGAGGAUGAGGAGGAGGAAGACAGCGACAAGGAGGACCAGGACUUGGACCAGAUGUUUGGAGCCUGGCUGGGGGAGCUGGAUAAGCUCACACAGAGUCUGGACGACGGCCGCCCGGAGCGGCCCGCCCAGCAGAAGGCGCCGCUGAGACAGGAAACCAACAUGGCCAACUUCUCCUACAGGUUCUCCAUCUACAACAUCAACGAGGCGUUGAACCAGGGGGAGAACGUGGAUCUGGACGCUCUCAUGGCCGACCUGUGCUCCAUCGAGCAGGAGCUCAGCACCGUCAACCCCAAGCAGAGCAGCAAGGCGCGCCUGGCACUCGCCGACACCAAGGUGCGGCAGAAGCCUCCGGCUGGGCGCAGUAGCAAGCAGCAUCCAGCAGGGGGCAGCGGUGACGGCAGUCACGGCGGUGGCGGGGGCGGCGGCGGCGGCGGCAGCAGCGGGGCGAGCAGCAACAGCAGCAGCACCAGAGCUUCCCCCGCCGGCACCGUCAGGGUCGCGGCAGGACAACACGGCAGGCCGGCGCUGGCGUCUAAUUUCAGCCUGGAUGACAUCACAGCCCAGCUGGAGAAGGCAUCCAUGAGUAUGGACGAAGCUGCCCGUCAAAACUCCUCCCACUCAUUGAGUUCCGCCUCCGCCACGUCAUCAUCAGUGCGCCGCCCGGCGUCCGGCCAGCGACAGCAUCGGCGCACGGGGUCAGUCGGCACCGUCAGCGAACACGAGGUGCGCUCCAUCGCCCACUCUUCACGCUCCUCCAUCACCUCGGCCUCAGGAACCUCCGUCAACUCGGCUUCCUCCAUGGACUCUCUGGACAACGUUCACCACGCAAACCAAUCCGACAGCCCUCAUGCCGCUUUAGCCCCGCCCCCAGCCAACGGUGCCAGCCAAGGUCGUGAUAGCACGGAGCACUCGUAUCUGGACAGGGAAACCUCUCUGAUUCUGAGGAACAUGGCGGGCAAGCCUUCACACCUGCUGACCAAGGAGGAGCAGGCGGCCAAGAUGAAGGCCGACAACAUCCGUGUUGCUCUGGAGAAGAUCAAGGAGGCGCAGGUGAAAAAGUUGGUGAUCCGCGUACAUUUGUCGGACGAGAGCUCCAAGACCAUGAUGGUGGACGAGAGACAAACGGUCCGACAGGUUCUGGACAGUCUGCUGGAGAAGUCCCACUGUGGUUACAGUCCAGACUGGUCUCUGGUGGAAACCAUCAAUGAAGUCCAAAUGGAACGCAUCUUCGAGGAUCACGAGAACCUGGUGGAGAACCUCCUGAACUGGACCAGAGACAGUCAGAACCGCCUCAUGUUCACGGAGCGGGUAGAGAAGUACGCGCUGUUCAAGAACCCGCAGAACUAUUUGUUGGGGCGGAAGGAGACGUGCGAGAUGGCCGAGAGGAACAAAGAGGCUCUGCUGGAGGAGUGUUUCGGGGGCAGCUCCGUGUCCGUGCCUGAGAUGGAGGGCAUGCUGUGGCUGAAGGAGGACGGCAAAAAGUCCUGGAAGAAGCGCUACUUCCUGCUUCGGGCCUCUGGAAUCUACUAUGUCCCCAAAGGCAAAGCCAAGGCGUCCCGAGACCUGGUGUGUUUCCUCCAGCUGGACCACGUCAACGUGUACAGCGGACAAGACUACAAGAACAAGUACAAAGCUCCCACGGACUUCUGCAUGGUGCUCAAGCACCCUCAGAUCCAGAAGAAGUCUCAGUACAUCAAGUACCUGUGCUGCGAUGACAUCAGGACCCUGCAGCAGUGGGUGAACAGCAUUCGCAUCGCUAAAUACGGGAAGCAGCUGUACACCAACUAUCAGGACGCCAUGAGGAGGACGGAGGCCGCCUACGACUGGUCCUCGCUCUCUUCCUCCUCCAUCAAGUCGGGAUCCUCCUCCUCCAGUCUUCCAGAGUCGCAGUCCAACCACUCAGACAGCGGCGUGUCGGAGAUGACGUCAUCAGGCCACACCCGCUCGCAGAGCGCCGUCAGCUCCAUCUUCUCUGACGCGUGGAGGAGAGGAACGCAAGGAGGAGAGGUAACACAGAUGAUGAAGAUGGACACCAUCAGUAGGCCCAUCCCCCUGCAGAUCCCCAACCUGUCUUCCCAGCACCUCCCUCUCUCCCAGCCUCAGACUCCGCCCUCCCGGGGCAGCUACAGCGACGGGAUGGUUCCCCCUGAGGAGUACUCCUCGCCGCCGGUGGUGAGCAUGGCCCAUCAGGCGGCCGCCUACGUCAAGUACAGCACGCUAGCUCGCUUGCAGAACCAGAACCAGAUUCAGUCCAGAGCGCAGCCGCCUGGUGCCGCCCCACCUCCCAACUACAACACUCUGCCCGCCGCUUACAGCACGCCGCCCCCGCCUUCUCCACCUUCAGAGCCGGUUCAAGGCGCCGCCACGACCGUGCUGACGUUGGGUCUGCAGAGUCCAUCAUCUCUUCCUCCCCUGCCGCUGGAAGAUGAAUCCAUGUACCUCCCGCCGCCGCCACCCGAGAUCCUGGAAGCCAACGGGUUUCUCCCACCACCAGAGUCACUCACUCAACUGUCCAACGCCGGCCUCAAGCACUUCCUGGCACAGAAGUUCCCAAACAUGGUGUACGACUUCCCUUCGCCUGGGGAGUCCAUGCCUCUUCAAGCACCCACCCCGCUCUCCACCCCUGCGUCCCCCAAUGCACCCCCUUCAGCACCGCCCAAAACCUUCAGUGGUGGUUUUCCACCUCAGACCGCCCCUAAACCCCCAGGUCCUUCCUCCCUCCCAAUUGCACAGUCACCAGUGUCCCCCACGCCCCCCCACGGCCCUGUAAAGAAGCAGCAAAGUUUCUCCACAGGCCACUCCCCCAAUCAGCCGCCACCCACCCUCCCCAAGCAGCACAGUCUCUCCUCCAAGAGCCUCGCCCUGUCCCCCUCCUCCUCCUUCAUCUCCAUGGCUACCUCAUCUCUGGUCAAACAGAUCGUCAACCAGUUCCCGGGAAACGUUGCCGCUCCCCCCUCGCUUCCUUCCUCCAACUCCAUUGAGGGCUCAAAGUUCAACACCCCCCAGUCUCCCCCAGCAGUCAAGGCCAAACCAAAAUGGCAGCCGGGGGGCGUUGUCGCCGCGCAGUCGCCAGAAUUCCCCCCACCCCCUCCCGACAAUUCCCUCGCGGAGUUCCCCCCUCCGCCUUCCUCCAAGACAGGCUCCCCCAUCAAGAAGUCCCCUUCCACCUCCUCCAGCAAGCGGGGCCCCCCCGCCGCCCCGCAGAGAGCCUCCUCCAUGCGCUGCAACUCGGGCGAGGCAGCGGACGAGAGGCCCAAGAAGGUGGAGAGUCUGGUCAAUAAGUUUGGACAAGCUCCUCAAACGUCUACAUCCUCCAGCUCCUCGUCAGCGACCGGCUCGCCCUCCAAGGAGUUCUCUGCGUUUCCGACGCCGGCCCCCAAGCCGGGGAAGCUGAAUCUGGCCAACCUGCCUUUGGCGCUCCAGGGGCUGCAAGCGGCUCAGCACCAUCAGGCGUCCUCGGACUUCCCGUCUCCGCCGCAACACCUGGAGUCGUCCCCGGACUACUUCCCGCCCCCGCCCAGUGACUUUGAGCUCUUUCCCCCUCCGCCCCACCCGUCCGAGUUUCACCAGCCGCCCAGGGUGGCCGUGGUCAACCCCCAGCCUCAAAUGCAGCCUGCCGCGCCUUUGUCAUCUUCAUCGUGGAAGCAAACCUCCCUCAAAAAGGGGGCGGUCCCUCCGCCCACACUAAAUCGUCGCACUAGCAACACAGCCCCGUACGACGCUUCACUGCCACUGUCGCCGCCCCUUUCUCAGACCCCGCCCCCCUCCUUGUCUUCCUACUCCUCCUCUACCCCGGUGCCUCCCACGUCCCCCAAAUCCACGGGGCCGAGCACGCUGGCACUUAAGACUCAUUUCCUGGAAGACCUGAACCGCACCCUCAAGAGGAAGUCGGUUUCCCGCCACGGCUCGCUCACGUCCUCCCAACUCGUCCCUUCGUCCAAGAUGGAGCCCGUGGCCACCAUGGACGACAUGGCGCUGCUGCCGCCCCCUCCGCCGGAGCUCCUGCAUCAGCAGCAGGACGCCCGCCGCCACACGCAAACGCUGUCCCGUCACCACGCCCGCUCCCAGUCCGCCAAACUUAGCUCCAACAUUUCCGGCUAUGCAACGCUGCGGCGAGGACCGCCACCUGCGCCGCCCAAACGGGACCAAAGCACUAAACUGACCAGCGAGUGGUAGAGGAGGACAAAGUGACUUGAUUGGUUCAAUGGAACAUGAAAAGAAGGCGGGUCACUUCUGACAAAACAGGAAACAAAUUAUACACGUCAUUACUCUUCAUAUUACACGCAUAUGUUGACAUUACAUACCGAAAGUGAAAGUGAAACCAUGAAGGACGCGGGAGUGUUUCUAGAAUGAACGAGCCUUCAUUUCAAGCCUUUUCUGUGUUUUUAUAGAAGAUUAUUUAAUUGUUUCAGGUUGAAAGGAGAUUUGCUGUCCAAGUGUUAUUCAUCUUGCUUAAACUUUACAAAAUCACUAAGUUUUGUACGUUCAUCAUUUCUUGAUUGAGUGGAAGCCAAGCCGGCGGCCAUCUUGCUUGGCUCACAGUAGCAGGGGAGGAGCUAUGCAAAGUAGGGGGCGCUCCAAAGAACACCACAUCACUGUGCUCUUCGCCAAAAGUCAAUCCCAUCUAUCAAUAACUGAUCAAUCACUAUGUUACUCUAAUAAACCGAUCACAUUGUUGUGGAAUACUUUUUUUUCCUCACAUUUAAAAAAUGUUUGGGUUUUGGAUGCAAAGAAAAAAGACAAAAUGCUAAAAUUAAAAACUUCCAACUAAUAGGGAGCCAGGUGCCCUUCAUAGAGUGCACACCUUAGAUAGGGAUUUUAAUGUUGCACCAUGGACACCAUACUGCACCAGCCAUCUUGCACUAUGGACCCAUGUUGCAUC